GGGGCGGUCUCGCGAAUCAUCGGACUCCAUCGGCUUUUUCCGGUGAUCUCGGUCAGUUAGCUAGCCAAGCUGAUUAGCCUGCUACUACCAGCUAAUGUUUGUAGGAUAUUUAUUGUUACCUGAAUUGGAGUGGAUGAUACAAAUAGUGUAGGGAAAUGGCGGACGUCGAGGGAGAAGGAAUUUGUUCAUCGGUUCCUCCGUUGCCUCACCCUUCCUCUCGUAACGGCUCCGGUAGCGGUAACGUUACACCGGGCACCCGCGGCAGCUGCCAGACGGCAACCACCGUUACUUCAGGCCCACGGCUAGUUCGAAUAGUGAAGUCUAAUUCAGGCUAUGGUUUCAAUGUUCGGGGACAAGUUAGUGAAGGUGGGCAACUACGGAGCAUUAACGGGGAACUGUACGCUCCACUGCAGCAUGUUAGUGCUGUCCUACCGGGAGGUGCCGCCGACAGAGCCGGUAUUUCGAAGGGGGACAGGAUUCUUGAGGUUAACGGUGUGAAUGUAGAGGGAGCGACCCAUAAGCAGGUGGUGGACCUGAUCCGGGCUGGAGAGAGGGAGCUGGUGCUGGCCGUGCUGUCUGUACCGCCCCAGGAGGCCGACUGCCUGGAUCCCGGAGACGACGUUUCAGCCCAGUCCUGCUAUGACUACUCCGACAAGCAGGCCGUCCCCAUCUCUGUGCCGAGCUACAAACACACUGAGCUCAACCAGGAAAAGUUUGUGGUAUAUAAUGUGUACAUGGCAGGCAGGCAGCUGUGCUCCAAGCGUUACCGUGAGUUUGUGAUCCUACACCAAAACCUGAAGAGGGAGUUUGCCAACUUUACGUUCCCCAAGCUGCCUGGGAAAUGGCCUUUUUCCCUAUCGGAGCAGCAGCUGGACGCACGACGCAGAGGCCUGGAAGAAUACCUGGAGAAAGUGUGCUCUGUACGGGUAAUUGGAGAAAGUGACAUCAUGCAGGAGUUCCUGUCUGAAUCAGAUGAGAACUAUAACGGCGUGUCAGAUGUGGAGUUGAGAAUAGCCAUGCCCGAUAAAACCACGCUCACUGUCAGAGUUCGCAAAAACUCUACUACAGACCAGGUCUACCAGGCUGUGGUUAUGAAACUAGGGAUGGACAGUGUAACAGCCAGUUACUUUGCUCUGUUUGAGGUCAUCAACCACACCUUCGUGCGUAAGCUUGCCCCCAAUGAGUUCCCCCACAAACUGUAUGUACAGAACUAUACCUCAGCCAUCCCAGGAACCUGCCUCACCCUGCGCAAGUGGCUCUUCACUACAGAAGAGGAGAUUCUGCUCAAUGACAACCAGCUUGCUGUCAACUACUUCUUCCACCAGGCUGCAGAUGAUGUGAAGAAAGGCUUCAUCAAAGCAGAGCAGAAGUCCUACCAGCUGCAGAAGCUGGCUGAGCAGAAGAAGAUGUCCAUGUAUCUGAGUUUGUUGAGGGGUUGCGAGGGCUACAAUGAGAUCAUAUUCCCCCACUGUUCCUGCGACUCCCGACGUAAAGGCCACGUCAUCACAGCCAUCAGCAUUCACCACUUUAAGCUGCACGCCUGCACCGAGGAAGGGACACUCGAGAACCAGGUGAUCGCAUUUGAGUGGGGGGAGAUGCAGAGGUGGGACACAGAUGAGGAGGGCAUGGCCUUUUGCUUUGAAUAUGCACGAGGAGAGAAGAAACCACGUUGGGUCAAGAUAUUUACACCCUACUUUAACUACAUGCACGAGUGCUUCGAGAGAGUCUUCUGUGAGCUGAAGUGGAGGAAGGAGGUGGAAGAGGAGGCUACAGACAAGGACAAUAAGAACUGCAGUAAAGAUGGUAUGUGUGGCAAGAAUAUUUUCCAGCUGCUGAGGCACAGAAGGGAUGGAGGCACCUAGGAAGGGAGAUUGUUACCUCUUAACUAGACACCACCAUCACCAACUCAGCUCAGUUCGGCCCUCAUCUAGCCCCAGACCUAACAACACUCACAUGGUCUUCAUUUUCACUCCAUCGGCUACAACCUGAGAAGCUACCCCCCGAUACAUGCAAACCAACAACCAUCUGCAAAUGAACAAAUCGAAUGAACAGAAGCAUAAAAAGCUACAUAAACCAGAACUGUUGAAUCCAGCACAUCAUAAUCAUUCAUUAAGCAGAGCAAAGCCAUGGAUUCAUGCAAGCCUUCUUCUUACUGGAAGGGACUUGAACUGGAAUGUUACUUGUACAUGAGGAGGUUUUGAGCCUCCUCUGAAGUAGUCCUACUGGAAAGAGAAAGCUGAAGUGAAAAAGGAAGUAUUGGCGGACUAACAAGGGAAAGUGAAAGCUGUUAGUGCUCGCACAGGGGAGACCACAGGAAGACAGUUAGCUUCUCAAUUUAUGGAUCAGAGCAGCAGUGUCUUCUUUGUCUUUUUGGCCAGUUGUUAGCGUGCAUGUGUGUUUGUGGGUGUUAACUAUGCGUGAAGGGGGCCCCAAAAGGCAAGGGGCCAACCAGAGCGAGUUCCUCAGGAUGUAAGUCACAGCUGAAUUACUUCACAUACAUACAUUUUCAUCUGUUUGCCGCUAAAUUUGCAUUUAUAAAAGAAAAGUAUUAACAUUGUAAUAUGGCAUAUGAGAAAAUUGAAAGAGAAAGCAGACAUUUUGUAGGAUUGUUAGACACAUUUUUCACUCAGAGAUUUGGGUGCACAGAGCACACAGCUGUGAGGAUUUGACACAUGAGAAGGAACAUGUUAAACUUUAGACUAUUGUUGCACUUUAUCCAACAGUAUUAACAACCUCCAAAUGUGGGAAAUGUAACCUAAGAAGCAGAUAGUGGGCGUAAUACUGGAACUAGCCUGUACUUAGUUUACAUUCAUUUUUGACUGACUGACUGACUACAGUAUGAUUACGUACUGCAUCAUCAAAUGAUGUGUGCAGUGUGCAGAGCCAUGCAUUAAACUUUUCUGUAUUUACAGUAUAAUGUUAACACUCCAUGCAAAUGUUUUGAGGCCAUUGUAGAGCAGUAGUGAUGUGGAGCACUGAUCAGAAGAGUGGAAGUGUAGUACAGUAUGUUUAGUGUGCAUUACCCAUACAAGACAGCAGGGGUCCAUCUCUUCCUGUCUGUCUUUCUUGUCGGCAGUGAUUACUUUGUUUCUGAGAUCUCCCACAGGAUUUAUAAUAGGCCUGUAAUUCAAUCAGCCUUUCCACUUGCAGUACUAUUUAUCUCUGUAGCUAGUACUUUGCUGUACUGUUGAACCACUCAUGCACUCCAGAUUCAGGUUAAGUGGGAAGAGGAUUUCUUAGCAAAAAGGGCAGCUUGCACCCUUCAUCAACAUGAUGGAUAUAAGGAUAUAAGGAUAACUGCACAGUCACUAAAGGCUUUGUAGCAACUGAUCACAUAACUGCAGUAUAAUGUAAUAAACAGUGUAAUUUAAUGUCCCUUUAAAUGAGCCCAGUUAAUGUUCUCAUUCCUAGAAUAAUGUCAUAAUAAUAAUGUAAUAACAUAAUUAUCUAAUGAUGCAAUAGUGACCUCAGACUGACAAAUAAAGAAAGAAUAAUUUAAUUACAGGUUAUUAUGUCAUUAAAACUUGGCACUCUUAAUGCUGGCAUUAAAUAUGCAUAAUUUCUCAGUGCAAUAUUGUGAUGUUACUACUUUAUUCAUCAAAUCUAAGUAGCUUUAUUGCAUUAUCAACUCAUUCAGAAGGACAUUUUUCUUACAUUUUGAAAGUUAUUUGAAAUAUAUUACAUGUUCAGUUGCUACUAGCUUUCACAAAAUGAGAACUCCUGUUAGUGCUGGGUGAUAUGGUUGUUUAUCAUCAUAAUAUGGCAAAUUUAUGCAAAAUCACAUGUAAGAUAAUCAUACUGAUGCUCAAAGCAAAGACGAUAAGAUCAUGUGAUCAAAAUAUGAUGUCAUUGAAUGCCAGUAAACCAUAAUAUUCAAUUAUCGCCCAGCCCGAACUCCUAUUUAGCUCGUAGUGACGAUAUCAACAGUAUUUUUGUUAUCCACAAGCAAGUAAAGAGUCCUGGAUUGAUAUCAGUGGCUCUUACUAAGAGUGCUUCUUAUAAUGGUGGUGCUGUUCACAAAAGCCAUUUUGGGUGAUUAAUGAGCUUCAACAGGGUUUGGUGGGUGUGUAAAGGAGGUUUAAUGGAAUGUGUUGAGUCUUGAAUUGAGAGAUUGAAUGCUGAACGCAUUUCCCAGGAUUCUUGUCUGUUUACUGGACCGUGUCUGACGUGGUCGAUUGUCUGAUCUGCCCACCUUUAAGUGUGCCCCCCCCCUUCUCUCUCUCUCAUUCUGACUAAAGUUAAAUGUCACUAGCAUUAUUUAUUUCAGUAAGAUACAAUGUUAAAUUCAGCAUUUCUGUUAAGUUUUUCUGAUAUGGUUUGUCUUUUCAAAGAGCCACACUAAGAAGGAGAAUGGAGAUUGACAACCUGCAUAUUCUUUGACAUGUUGAAAUGUAAAAUUUAAAGACAAAGUGUUUGGUUACGUCGCUUACUGUAAUAAAUUGUAACAUAUUCUUUUAAAUAAACCGAUUUAUUGAUGCAAAGUUA